AUGUGUGAUUCAUGUAAUAAUAUUAAACAUAGUUUUUUCGUAAGAAAAAUACUUUUUCCAAUUUCGAUUUUAUUCAAUAUUGGUUUAACAAUCUAUCUUAUUAUUUCAAAUACUUUAAAUUAUGAUAAAUAUCAAAAACGAGAAUCUUAUGUAGUAUAUCAUGUUCCGAAUACAACUUCAAAUUAUUAUAUUAUUAGAGAAAAUAUAAAUGGAACUAUAAAUUGUUCAUCGAAUGCUUUAUUUACUUUUAAUGUAACAACUGUAUACAAUAAUAUUAUAAGUAAAACAGGUGAAAAUUUUCUAUUCGUUACAGUCUAUUGGUUAACUACAAUAGUCGCUGUACUUAUCAGUAUAUUCGAUAUAGUUUUAACUAUCGUAGAUCACUAUACACAACAUGAUGAUAUCUAUGAAUCUGUCGAAGAAGAAACCUCUCUUGGUACUAAGACAAUCAGUUCGAUUGGUUCUCAAUUACUUCAAAAAGGUUCAUUUCUUUUUCCAACGUAUUUUAUCGGUAUUUUUGAUUAUACUCAAUUAUGUUUACCUCAUCAUACGAAAGAAUCAUUGUUCAUACUUCAUCAUACUUAUAUUGGUAUUGGUAUAACAUUAGGUAGUACGAUUUAUUUAAUACUAUGGACAUUAGCUUGUUGGGAUUCACGACGACAUGGAUAUGGUAAAGGUAUUUUAUGGAUAAAAUGUGAAAAUAGAAAAGCAUUUUUUGUGGUAGUCAUUCUAUUAUGUUUAACUGUUAUUCCAUUGGGUGUCUAUGGAAUAUUUGUUUGGAUUACAUCUUUAAUGGAAUUUAUUUUAACGACAAAAGCCGUUUUAAUAAGUUUUAAUUUUAUACUCGGUAUAAUUGAUGAACUAAUAAAAAAUUGUAAACAUCACUAA